GUGAGAUUUCCGGCAGCGGCUAUGUUUGCUGCAAACCCGCAGUUUUGCAGACGCGCCGAGGCACCCAAAGACAGCUUCCCGUCUCUUAUACGCCACAUGCACACGGCAACACCGCGACAACGGUUGUUAUUUCCUGCCUUGCAGCCGUCGCUCGUGUCCGGCUCCUUUGAUUGACCCCAAGACGUUUGCUCUAGGUCCACUAGCUCACCAGAUUGACGAGUACCCGCGUCAAAGGGUUUGCUCAACGAUAAUUGUGGAUUUUCUUACGUCCAGUUGAAUCCUGCUUGCUCUGGCGUUGCUUUCCUUAAAAGAUUGUCGAACCCCUACUCUCGUGGAAGCAUUUUCGCGUUCAGUUUGGAACAUACCUGAACCUGAUUCACUGGGAUCUUCUCAGAAUCUUGGAAUACAGAUUCUUGACUCAGCAUCACCUCCAGACAUAGCACAAUGCAGUCACAGAAACCCAUCUUCUGUGCUACGCACCCUAGGGCCUGCUCGACGGCCUUUGAGAGGGUCUUCAUGACCCGUAAGGACCUGCAAUGCGUACACGAGCCAUUUGGCGACGCAUACUACUUUGGACCCGAGCGCAUCGGAUACCGGUAUGAAGGCCCAGAGAACGAGAAGGCGAGACAAGAGAGCGGCUACGCCAAUAGCACUUAUCGUUCGAUUUUCGACAAGAUCGCAAAAGAUAACGCCGAGGGCAAACGUGCCUUCAUCAAGGAUAUGGCACAGUACUGGAUCCCUCCUCAGGGCAAGGAGAGGCCUACAACCGUUUGCCCUUCGAUGUCCAACUACCGCCGCGGCGUUGGAACGAACACCACCGAACUUUCGCCCGUACAAACGAGAGAAGACCGCCCCGGCGAGCCCUAUCCCUACGAUACCCGAGUCGAAGAUGGCAACCCUACUGUUCUUCCCAAGGACCUUCUUGCAACAUUCCACUUCAUCUUCCUCAUCCGCCACCCCAAAUACAGCAUUCCUAGCUACUACCGCUGCACACAACCUCCCCUGAGCAAUAUGACUGGUUGGGACUAUCUCCGCAAAGACGAGGCUGGCUACUCUGAGCUUCGCGAGCUCUUUGACUAUCUCCGCAAGGAGGGCCUUAUUGGUCCCAAGUCUGCUGCUCAGGAAGGCGAGACAAACGGCACAAACGGCAAUGCGCAGGGCGUCGAGAUUUGCGUUGUUGAUGCCGAUGAUCUGCUUGACAAACCGUCUGGCAUGAUCGAGGCCGUCUGCAAGACCACUGGUAUCGACUAUAAGCCUGAAAUGCUGUUUUGGGACACUGAGGAGGAUCAGGCUCUUGCUAAGGCUCAGUUUGAGAAGUGGAAGGGCUUCCACGAGGAUGCUAUCGACAGCACGAACCUGCGCGCAAGGACCCACAAAAAGGCGCAAACAACCAAGGAGCAGGACGACGCUUCGUGGAAGGAGAAGUAUGGCGAGGAAGGCGCCAAGCUCAUCCGCAAGACUGUCGACGAGAACAUGGAGCACUACGAGUACUUGAAGCAGUUCGCCAUCAAGGUCUAAAACCAAGAAGGUUGGCCUCAGCAUGACGUUAAAGACACGACUGUUUUCCUUUUUCCUUACUCAUGAUUCGUCGACUUGAACGGCACCAAGGCAUUUCUUUCCUAUGACUGUACCGGCUGUCGCCAGACAGACGGCGAAUUACGACGAAAUCGAAACUCAUCAAGAUCACAACAUCUUGUGCACGCUACGCUUGGACCUUGCUAACUUGCUAACAUGAGCUGCUGAAUCAAAGCCGUUGAAUUUUAAUAUUCAGAGUGCAGGGUACUACUACAGCACCGAGGCCCACAGGUUAUCUUCGUUCCAGCAUCAAAGGAUCGUCCAAGAAGUACAUCCCAACAUCAACAUGUCAGACCCAGACC